UGUAUUUUUUAAUACUUAAAAAAAAUAAUUAAAAAAACAAAUAUUUAUUCAAAAUUCAUUGUUUUUGCACAAAUCUAUCAGCAAAAUGCGUUUCUAUCCUUGCGCUACUCCCUACAUUUACAGUGAGUUCGCAAAUAACUGGAAUCUCUAUUGUCAAAAGCCCAACACAAGUUGGCAAAGAAAACCCCAACAAGAAAAACAUUCCAUAAAUAUUUGGCGUGACUUGGAAGCAGCUAAAAUGGAGAAAAUUCUACACAAAGAUCUAUACAUAAAGAAUUGGUCUAAAAGUCGACAUCGUUCGGGAGCCUUUUUACCUCUAUACUAUGGCACCGGUAUAGAACGACCACAUUUCCAAGUGAAUGCUAAGAAAACAACGAAAGUGGAGAAUGUUGAAAAUUUAAAAAUUGUAGAUACUACAAAAGGCAAAAUGAUGAUGGCCCAGAGAGCCGCUCAACAGGGGAAAUUAAAGAGAAAAUAAGAAAUUUUAAAGAGAAAUUAUUUCUUAAAGAAAAUUGAGCGAAAUUUUUCUUUAGGGAAUAACUUGUAUUUUAAUAAUUUUUAAAUAAAAUUUUUUAUACUUUUCUCUUUUUCGUUACUUGCAGAUUGAGUGGAAAAGAGCGAAAAGUUAGAAUUUUAUUUAAAAAUAUUUUUUUUUUUUUGUAAUUUUUCUAAAUUACUAAACAAAAUGUAAAUUUGGAGAUUAAUUUAAUAAAAAAAAACUGCUAAAAAUUUUGAGA